GAUAAGUCAAUGCAUGAACUGGAAUUUUACCGAACAGAGGCCGAGCGCAGCACUUGUAUAUAAGCAACUCGGAGAAGCAUCGAUCUUUCAGCUUGGAACUUUCUCUAAAUGGAUUGCCUUCUGCUUAGCUUCCCCUUCUCACCUCAAACCAUCAUCAGCUCCAGCUGCCACCCCACCUUCAUCGGUAUCCACAAUCUGAGCUAUGGACUAAUCAAGAAGGGCUGGUCGAGGUUAGGAUGUCGCUCCAUCGGUGGAAGCGGAACAGAAGGCGCAGAAUGGCUGGAUGGAGGUUCUCCGAAAGGAAAUGACAAUGGAUCCGUCGUUGGAGGAUUGGAUGGAUCAAGAAGUGCGUUUAGCACUCUGAACGCGGAGAUAACUCAGGAAACAGUAGAUUUCUUUGUCAGCGAUGCGGAGGGCGAUCCCGACCAACCUUCGAAAGGCUUCUGCUCCAUUGAUCAGGCUAUCAAUGCUUUGCGAGAAGGAAAGUUUGUGAUUGCUGUAGAUGACGACGAUGACGAUGGCGAGAACGAAGGAGAUCUCAUCAUGGCAGCAACUCUAGCUAACACCAAGGCAAUUGCUUUUAUGAUGAAGCAUGGCUCCGGAAUAGUAUCUGUCGGAAUGAAGGAAGAGGACCUGGAGCGACUCAUGAUUCCUAUGAUGUCUCCCAUCACCGAGAUCAAGGACCUGUCUGCUGCAGCAGCCACAAUAACAGUGGACGCCAGGACAACAUCUAGUGGUGUGUCAGCUGCUGAUAGAGCAGAAACAAUUCUUGCUCUUGCUUCUCCUGAUUCCAAGCCAGGAGACUUCAGAAGGCCUGGUCAUGUGUUUCCUCUCAAGUAUAGAAAUGGUGGUGUUCUGAAGAGAGCAGGACAUACCGAGGCAUCAGUGGAUCUGGUGACUUUUGCCGGAUUGCGGCCUGCAUCGAUUCUCUCCACCAUCAUUGAUCCAGAGGAUGGUUCCAUGGCAGGUCUGCCUACGUUACGCAUGCUGGCCAAGGAGUACGACUUACCAGUAAUCUCAAUCAGUGAUUUGAUCAGGUAUAGAAGAAAGCGAGAGAAACUGGUGGAAAAGAUUGCUGUCUCCCGGUUGCCUACUAAAUGGGGGCUUUUCCAGGCUUACUGUUACCAGUCCAAAUUAGAUGGAACCGAGCACAUUGCUGUUGUGAAGGGUGAUAUCGGAGAUGGACAAAAUGUGCUUGUGAGAGUGCACUCCGAGUGCCUAACCGGAGACAUUCUAGGAUCUGCUCGCUGUGACUGUGGCAACCAGCUCGACCUCGCACUACGGCUAAUAGAGCAGGUGGGAAGAGGAGUCAUUGUCUAUCUCCGCGGCCACGAAGGAAGAGGGAUCGGUCUAGGACACAAGCUGCGAGCGUACAAUCUGCAGGAUCAAGGACACGACACGGUGGAGGCUAAUCUGGAACUCGGGUUGGCUGUGGAUGCUCGUGAAUACGGAAUAGGUGCUCAGAUUCUGAGAGACAUUGGUGUGCGCACAAUGAGAUUUAUGACGAACAACCCUGCAAAGUUCAUGGGACUCAAAGGUUACGGUCUGGCUGUUGUUGGCAGAGUCCCUGUGAUGUCCCCUAUAACCGAGGAAAACAAGAGAUACUUGGAGACAAAGAGAACGAAGAUGGGCCACAUUUAUGGCUCAGAUCUCCCUGGAAGUUCACCUGAAUUCUUGAGCUCAGAAGCUGAUCAAGCCAACAAAGAAAAUGGAUCAUAAGAUCGAUUCAAUCUCCGAUCUUUUGGGAGCAAUAAACCAUGGAAACAGAGGUGACAUUUUCUUUUCUUCCGCCUGCAUCUUACAUAUUACAAGCUGAUCAAGUUCAUCUCACAGAGUCUCUCUAGUGAAUUCUUUAAUUUUUCCUG